GGUUUUCUUCCUAUAACUAAAAAGCCGUCUCUCUGUUUCUCUCCCGCUCUUCAACCUUCUAAUUUUGACUCAUUCCAUUUCAAAACCCUAAACACCUCCGUCGCCGGUAAUAUGCCUAUCGCCGGCCACUCUGUAUAAUCAGUCAUCGGUCUGGUUAUGUUUCUUCACUUUUUCGUGUUCAAUUCAUGUUCAUCCUGAACAAAUUUCACAUUCUGUUUCGUAAGUUUAAAUUAUCUGUGCUAUUAUAACUGAAUCUGUUUCAAAACCUAAACAGCUCCGUCGCCGGAAUAUUCAUCAUCUAGUGAUCGCCAGUCACACAGUCGAAUCACUCACCGCUCCGUCGCCGGAAUAUUCAUCAUCUAACACUCACACAGUCUUAUUAACCACCGUCAUGUCGAUUAUGGGAAAUCCGUGAAGGAGAUUACAGGUGGCACUUGCACUAUUGUGUUUAUUAGCUGCAUUUUUCUUAUCCUACGCACCCCUUCAUCUCAUAUCUCCUUCACUACUGGGUACUGACUGAUCAAGGUUGUACCAAUCAAACAGGCCCACUUUGGAUUAUUAAAGCUUGGAAGAAUAUCAGAAAGCAAAAAAAACCAUCAUCUUUGAUUCUUUUCAACAAGUUUGUGGAAUUGUGGGUUGUUGACUUGUUAUUCUUGAUGAUACAAGACAUUAGACAUCAAUGUGGUUGAAUUUGAAUAGAGUGGAUGGAAGCAUAUGAAUCAAAUAAAGCAUUCAACACCCGAAAAUCACAGCCACUAUCUGUUCCUGAAAAGAACAAUGGAAGAACGGUCAGUUCUCGCUAUAAAUCCCCUACACCAAGACGUUUUCCAUCGCCAAACACCACAAGAACAGCUACACCGUCAGCACCUGUACAAAAGAGAGCUGUAUCUACCGGAAGAAGGCCAGCAACACCGCCAUCACCGCCUAGUCCCACCACCCCGGUUCACGACACAUCUGUGUACACAGGACUGGCAGCCGGAAAGGCCAAUGGUAAUAAGUUACCAGAGUCUUUAUGGCCAUCGAGAAUGCGUAGUUUGAGUGUAGCUUUUCAGUCUAAUACAUAUUCAAUGCCGGUUAUUAAAAAAGAAAAGCCUCCACCUCAGGCUGUUUAUGACCGCACUUUGAAGCCAUCUUCAAAUGUAUCAUCACCUACGUAUAGAAAGUUCACACCAGAAAGAAAAAGAAGUCCCCUGAAAGGAAAAAACUUGACCGAUCAAUCGGAGAAUUCUAAACCGUUGGAUGGAUUACAUUCCAGAAUAAUUGAUCAGCAUCGAUGGCCCAGCAGAACAUCUAAUUCUAAUCUUCUAAACAAAAGCAUUGAUCUAGCUGAUGAAAGUACAAAAAAGAUUAUCACUCCGAAUCUCAGGAGAACGUCGAAUCUUGUUUCAACUUCGCUGGAGAAAAACGGUGGAUUUAUAUCCUCAUCUUCACCAAAUAAGUCAUCUGGUGUUACUCGUGGGGCCAGUCCAUCGCGAACCAGGGUCAUGGAUUCUGCACCUUCUAGAGGGGUCAGUCCAUCGCGAGCCAGGGUCAUGGGUUCUGCACCGUCUAGAGGGGUCAGUCCUAACCACAUGAGACCAUCUAGUCCUUCGAGGCAAUUAUGUAAUACGAAUACGAAUACAGUCUCUGUUCUCACUUUUGUAGCUGACAUGAAAAAGGGGAAGAAAGUAGCAACCCGUAUAGAAGAUGCGCACCAUCUACGUCUACUUUAUAAUAGGCAAGUGCAAUGGCAGUUUGUUAACGCAGGUGCAGAAGCCGUGUUGAAUUCUCAAAAAGUAACAGCUGAGAAAUCUUUAAUUAGUGCCCAGAGAACUAUAUCAAGACUCCAAGAUUCAAUAGCUGCAAAAAGGAUCAACAUCUGUCAGUUGAAACUGCAGCUAAAGCUUUACUUGGCUUUAAACCAACAUAUUGCUUAUCUCAACCAGUGGUGUUUGAUAGAAAGAGAGCAUGAUUUUGCAUUACACGGUGCCAUUCAAGAUCUACAAGCAAGCACUCUAAGGCUUCCUGUCACCGGAUUUGCAACGGCAAAUAUUCAAAGUGUUAAAUCAGCUGUUUACUCAGCCAUCCAAGUAAUGCAAACAAUGGGAUCAUCCAUACAAUCUACACUAUCACGAUUGGAGAGAACAAAUUGGCUGGUUUAUGAACUUUCAACUGUAGCAGCACAAGAAAGAUCUCUUCUUGAUCAAUGUGGAGCUUUAAUGGCUUCUGCAUCUUCUCUGCAGGUAGAGGAAAACAGCCUUAGGACACAUGUGGUACAGUUGAAACAAGACAUCAAGAGUUUAUGAUUAGUGGCCACACCUUCACUAACUUCAGUUCAAUUGGUUAAUUAUUAUGUCCUAAAAGCAAAGAAAUACAUUACAUGGUGUGAGUGUGUACAUGUGUGCUGGUUCUUUUCUCCCUUGAGGGUGUGAAAUGAAAAUGUAACUAGUUAAUAAUGAAUGGUUAUAGUUUCAUUCAUUAUAUGCAAACACAAGCUAGAAUUUUUGUUUUUUUUUUCUUAGUUAAAAAUAUCCAAUAUGAGUUUCACAUCUUGUAAA